AUUGCAGACAAAUUUUACCCUAAAAAUUUGUUUUUCCCCCCAAACCAGACAAAACAGAUUCACAAGCUAUGGUGUGAUUUGUCAAUGGCGAUUCAAGCUCAACUAGUUAAACAAUUACCCCAAAUUCUCAAUCCCAAACCCUUAUCCCUCUUCUUCUUCUCCUCUUCAUGCUCCCAAAAUCACCAAAGCGUGGUGGUAACAACCGCAGUUUCCAUCCUCACCAAUCAACGUUCCAAGUCCCGUUGGGGCUAUCUCCGAUCAGCGUGCUCCGACGGCAUCAACCCCGAUGAGUUUUCCGAAAUCGCCCUCCACCUCAAGAACAAACCCCACCUCGCUCUGAGCUUCUUCCAAUGGACCAAAUCGGAAUCCCUCUGCCGCCACAACCUCGCCUCUUACUCCACCAUCAUCCACCUCCUCGCACGUGGCCGCCUGAAAUCACACGCCUCCGACGCCAUCCGCACCGCCCUCCGCGCUCCCGACGACGACGAACACCGUUGUUCCGAUUCCCCUCCUUUGAAACUCUUUGAGACGCUUGUCAAAACCUACCGAGAGUGUGACUCUGCUCCGUUCGUGUUCGAUUUGUUGAUCGAAGCAUGUUUGGAAUCGAAGAAGAGUGUUUCGCCUUCGAUUGAAAUUGUGAGAAUGUUACUCUCACGCGGGAUUAGCCCCAAAGUUAGCACGUUGAAUUCUCUGAUUUCUAGGGUUUGUAAAAGUCGAGGGGUGGAUGCAGGGUACGCGAUUUACCGGGAGUUUUUCCGGUUAGACGAGGAAAAAAUGGAGAUUUUGAAAAGGGGUUCUGGUUUUAGAGUGAUCCCUAAUGUGCAUACUUAUAAUGCAUUGAUGCUGUGCUGUUAUCAGGAUGGUUUAGUGGAGAAGGUAGAGGAAAUUUGGCAUGAAAUGGGUGAAAUGGAGUGUGAUCGCAAUGCUUAUAGCUAUAGUGUGUUGAUGGCUGCUCUUUGUGAACAUGGGAGGAUGGAGGAUGCUGAGAAGUUGUGGGAAGAAAUGAGAGAGGAGAAAAUUGAGCCGGAUGUAGUUAGUUAUAAUACCAUGAUUGGUGGGUUUUGUAAGGUUGGAGAGGUUGGAAGAGGUGAAGAAUUUUUCAGAGAAAUGGGAUUGUCUGGUAUUGAAGGUACAGCUUCAACUUAUGAGCAUCUUGUCAGGGGGUAUUGUAAUGUUAGGGAUGUUGAUUCGGCUGUUCUUGUUUAUAAGGAUAUGUCUAGGAGGGAUUUCAGGCCUGAUGCUUCAACGCUUGACAUGUUGAUUGUGUUACUUUGUGAUAAGGGAAAGGUUCAGGAAGCUCUGGAGUUUUUAAAGCAUGGUGUUGGUAAAUUUGAUUUACAUCCCUUGGAAAAGAGUUAUGAGGCCUUGAUAAAGGGGUUAUGUUUUGAGGGGAGGAUGGAAGAAGCAUUGAAGCUUCAGGCAGAUAUGGUGGGAAAAGGGUUUCGACCUCAUUCUGAAAUAUAUGGCGCUUUUAUUGAUGGGUAUAUUAGACAAGGGAACGAAGAAAUGGCUGGAGCUUUGAGGAAAGAAAUGCUGCAAUCUCAGAUACAGAGCUAACAGAAUAUCUCCUGUUUGCCACUUAGGGUGAACAUAAUUAGUUUUUCAUAUAGGUUCUUGCUGGGUGAAAAAAUGAACUGUAUACUGAUCUGUUGUUUAUGUCUUCUGAAUCUAUUCACAAUAACGGAUUGAAGACAAGUCUGGUGAGCUUUUCUUGAAAUUCUGACAAUGAUAAUCAACGGUAUUCCUGGUUGACGGAUGCGGCAUUUUUUUUUACCAGAGCUGAGUACAAAUCAACCAAUGCUAAUGUGACACUCCAAGGCAAAGUCAUAGUAGCAUAGAGGAUGACAAAGCAAUUCUUGCACCGUAAUCGAUACUCCUAUACUUCGGAAGAUGAAUUUAACUCAAUGGGGGAGAAUCGAAAGGGGGAGAGGAGGUGAUAGAAAUUACCAGAAAGCUGUGUAUCUGUAGAAUUCAACUCCCACAGACAUGAAAACAAGUGUUAAAGAUGAGAAUGUGGUCCGGGCUAUGAUAGUGGGAGAGAAUUUGUGACCAACUUGGUUCGAAGUGCAAUGGCUGGUGGUAAAAGCCCAAGAUGUAAGGCACUAUUAGUGUCUUAAGAAUGCCAACAUCUCAGAUAUGCUAUCUUUCCCUGACAGAUUUUGAUAGAAUAAUAUUUUAAAGAGAGUUCUUAGUAAUACCCAUCAGCCAAUCUUGAUGCCAUUAGGCUGUAUCGUUUUGAUUCAUGUUUUAUGUUUCUAUCUAUCAAAUGUUAUGUCAUUAUUCUCAUCCUUUGUACUAUAUGAAUCAUGUAGUAUUAAUACACCAAGUGUAAAAGCAGUAACCUUUGUUGAGAGA